GCGUCACACGUUUCUUCUCGUUCCAGCGAAAAUGAAGCCUCUGGUUCUUCCUGGAGCGCAAACAUUCAUCUCUUCUUCUCCUUCUUUCCUCCAUAGCUGCAGACUUCAAGUCUCCAGUUCCUCUCCUCAACAUGGAGCGACUGUAGAAACCGCUUCGAUUCAGCCGUACAAACCUGGAAUCUUCGACAAUUUCUUCCUGAAUUCGUUUCGUAACAAGCUUGCUCAUGAAGUUGGAUGGGAUUCUGAGAAGCCUGGAUACGACGGGAUGAUUGAACUCGCCAAAGGCCUCCUGAUGAAAAGCACAAACAAAUCUGAUGCGUCCGCCGCCGCGGUCCGCAUUCUGAAGUCGUUUUUUCCUCCAUUGCUGCUCGAGCUUUACAAAGCCAUUAUAGCACCUAUUGAUGGAGGAAAAGUGGCUGCCAUAAUGGUUGCAAGGGUGACUGUGCUUACUUGUCAAUGGCUGAUGGGCAAUUGCUCGGUUAACUCUGUAGACCGGCCUGAUGGUUCUUCAUGUGAAAGCGGGGUUUUGGUAGAGAGAUGCAAGUAUUUAGAAGAAAGCAAAUGCGUUGGUGUUUGCAUCAAUACCUGUAAGCUUCCGACACAGACGUUCUUCAAAGACUACAUGGGAGUUCCCUUGCUGAUGGAGCCAAACUUCAGUGAUUAUAGCUGUCAGUUUAAAUUCGGCAUCCUUCCACCACGAUCGCCGGAGCAGGACUCGGCCCUUAAAGAGCCUUGCCUGGAGAUAUGCCCAAUUGCCAGUAGACGAAAGCAAAUCUCAAGCAACAUGAAUUUAAUUAAAUGUCCAAAGGCAUAAACUGCUAACGACAUUUGUACCAAAAAAAAUAAAAUACCUAAUAACAACUUAUCAGAGUU